UAACAGUUUUUUCUGUACGGUUUCGCGCAUCACCAGUCAAGGUUCCCAUCACACAGCUCUAUUGGUACAGCCAGCCUCCCACUAGCGACAGGUGGAGAGGAAGCAGCGUGCGAUGACAGACAAAGUCUACGUUUGAUACGAAUCAUCAUCAUCAUCUGAAUGUGCAACACCAGGAGAGAGCUCUGCACAGCUGUUACAGCGGAUGUAGACUGCCGGACAGGGGAAGGAGACGAGCGCUCAGUAAUUUACAGCAAAUUGCUUUUAAUUCAAAACCUUUCUGUGAUCACAGUCAGCCUGCCGCUUUUAUUGUGACCAGAUUUGAAGCCUACUUCGCCACCUCUCUUCACGUGCAAGUGCCAGAGGAGUCUGGAGCAUCCAGGAUCAAUCGCACCCAAGCACACCGCAGGCUAGCUCGACUCUCCGCAAACCCCGGUCCACAGGGCGGCCCGCUGGUCUGCCCACUCCACCCGCCCACAAGUCUGGCCAUGAAUGAAGGGAAGACACGGCGCCCCGACACGAUGUGAAUAAAGUGGCGGCCGCCAAACUUUCAGUGCACGCGAUCCAAGGGGACUGUGCAUAGCUACAGGGACGCCUUCUCGUCCACAUACUUCUAUUGACAGAGCCCAGCGCCUCGAGACACGGAGGGCAACGGCCAAGUCUCGUGCAUCGCUUUCUCCAGUUGAAAAUGUCGAUGGAGAUGGAACUCCGGCCUACGAUGGCAGAUCGCCAGGAGCCGUCACGGCUGGACUCAUUCGCAGACGACACCGGAAGCUUUCCUUCAGACGACAACGCCCAGCUGCUGCUCGCCAGCGCCGACAGCAGUAUCUCCACCAGCGCCGACGCCAGCACCCGAUCGCGCGGUGUCAGGGGUCUGCGGACGUUCCGGGUGACUGAAGGUUCAACCAGCAUGGAGCCUGACGCUCGCUGCACAUUUGUCUCCGACGAAGCUGACGUUACAAGGGCAACGACGACAACGACGACAUCGACGGGCAAGCUGAAGUCGUGCUGCACGCGCCUGGUGUCGCUGGUGCGUUCCAUCGGCGGACUCAUCGUCCUGCUGCUGGCCUACACCUUUAUCGGUGCCUGGAUCAUGAUGGAGCUGGAGAGUCCCACGGAGAAGCAGCAUAUAGCAGAGGUAGUGAGCAAUCGGGGGGACACGGUGGAGCUGGUGAAGAACAUCACGUGGAACUUGCACGCCGGCGUCAUCAACGAUUCGCAGUGGGAGGACCAGGUGAAGCACGCGCUGCACAGCUUUGAGGAGGCCGUCUUCAAGAGCGGCGUCACCUCCACCACCAGCCACAAGUGGACCUUCUUCGGUUCCGUGCUCUUCUGCGUCACCACCUACACUACGAUAGGCUAUGGCAACAUCGCCCCCGUGACCAAGUGGGGUCGGGUGGCCACAAUGGUGUACGCCACCAUCGGCAUCCCGUUGGCGCUGAUCGUGCUGGCCGAGCUGGGUCGCCACUUCAUGCGCGGCACUAAAUUCAUGUGGGCCUUCGUGCGCCGCUACUACUACACUGGCUACUGCCGCAAAGUACGCCAGCGACGCCGCGGCAGCUACAACAUGGCCGAGGGCUUGAAGGACGAGGACCUGGCCAACGACAAGGGUAAUUCCAAGAUCGCCGAAAAGAAGGGGCAUGCCAUUUCAGGGCCAGGCACGGAUGUGAGUGAGCGGAGAAACGGAAGCGCCCACGACAUCGAGGCGGGGAUUCAAAGGGAGAGAAUCCCUCACGGCAAAGGGGAACUAUUCGGGUUAGACGAAGACCAAGAGGAAGAGUCAAGUGAAAGCGUUCACGGACAGAAUGACAAGAAGGUGUUACAUCUCAGUGCGGCAGAGGUGAAGAUCCAGAGCAUAAAUAACCUGGAUGAGAGCAGAGAUCGCUGUGAGGACGAGAACGAUGAGGAUAAUGACGUUUUUGACGGGAAUAUUGCCGGAAAGUGGGCCAGCAGGCAGAGAGAGGAGGGUCGUGACAACCGGCGUUCGGUGAGCAUUGAGCCAGCCCCUCGCUCGCACGAGCCCAGCGUCAGCACUUCCGACCGUCGCAGCGUCGUCACCAUCGAGAGCGCCGAGGAGGAAUUCCAUCUGCCCGUCGUCAUUGCCAUCAUCUUCAUUUUCGUCUACAUCUUCCUGGGCGCCUACAUGUACACCUUGUGGGAGGAUUGGAGCUUCUUCGAGUCCUUCUACUUCGUCUUCAUCACUGUCAGCACCAUCGGCUACGGUGACAUCCUGCCCAAGCACCCGAACUUCUUCCUUCUCUCUUGCAUCUACACUUUCCUGGGGCUUGCGCUGGUGUCCAUGACCAUCAACGUCAUCAUGGAGUUCAUGACGAAAACCAUAGAGACCGCCAAGGAAAAGGUGGAUCAGGCACGAGAAAAGGCCCUCGCCACGGCGAAAGCUGCCAAAGGAAAGAUCAGAAAUGCUGGGACGAAAGCUAGAAACAAAAUGGCUAAGACAAUUUCUAAAAAGGGUAGCCUGAGGUACGAACACAAAGAAGACGCUAAUGUUUCUAAGGAGGCCACGGAAAAACAUUCUUAAACGUUGGAGAUGAUCUGGAAACUCGUGCCUAACACUAUGGAUGCCUCUUCAGCUGAUGCUGUAAACAGGAGACGUGCACAUGCUCCACACACUAGUGACGACACAGUUCAGGGUCGAGGUCACGGUCUGGAAACACACACAUCAAGGUCAACGACAAAGGAGAAGCAGCAGACGUUAGUAUCGACGGUCUGGUCAGCUGCAUCGUACCGUCAAUAAACGAUGUCUUAGAGUUACAUGAACUGGUUAUCUAGUGGGGUGCAACAUUUCUGAUGAUUAAGUAAUGUUCUGUGCAAGACACCACUUCCCUGAAUCAGGAUGACUACCUAUUCCGUUAUCAAGAUACACACCAACAAACAUCACAUCCCAUUGAAAGGAGGUCAGCAACACAAACGUCAGGAUUGUACACAGAUACGUUUAUCUUGUGAAGGCCUCGGGAAAUGGAAAAGCUGGGAGACGUGGGGUUAACCCAGUUUUGAGGAAAUAGUAUCUUGCACUGAGUUUUUACCCUGUCGUUACAAAAAAAAAACAAAAAAAAAAACAACAACAAACAAAAAAAAAAAAAAAAAACCCCACUAGACACUUGUCCCCUUUUAAUGUAAGAGAGACCGAAACACAUGGAUCUCUCUGGCUUUGCGUUUUGAUUGCUGUGGCCAAGCUGGUUCAUUUCUCGUCCUAAAAUGGUUGAUUUUGACUGUGAACAUUUGUUCUUCAAAUUCGAAAAAUAUUGCUCUGAACACAUUCUGUUUUUGUUGCAAUGCAAGCGAUGUGGCUUAGUCUUUUACACACCAUUUCUGCAGGCAGCAAAUACUCAGACCUAAAGUCAGGGGGUGAACGGGUUUGGUUGAGAGGGGAGGGGGAGAGGGCGAAAAGGGACAGCGAUCAUUAUACUCACUUAUGAUUAGGAGGGAGGGGAGUCCUAGCAGAAAAGAUACUGAGGAAGUAGUUCCUAAACUGAAGGCCAGCUGCUAGAUGUAAUCUGCUCAAGUCAAAAUGCUUGGCGCCUUGCAUUUAUUUCUGCCUAAUUUGUAAUUCUGAUAAUACAAAAACAAAGGGUUUUAUAAUGUUUAUAAGCUUUCAUGUCUAAAUGUACAAAAGGUUCUGUUGAACCAUCGAGAUUUGUUGGCAGUGUAUGUGAUUUUUUUUUUUUUAAACCAUGGUGCUCUUCAUUUGUGACUUUUGGAAUGGUGUUGCUAUCCAUGACAACUAAUGUUUACUUAUGACUGUUGUUUCUUCCAAUUUUGCCUUUUUCUGAUAUUUGAUAUUUUUCUACCAAUGUAUUAUUUGUUUUCAUUGCCUGUUUGUAAAACAAAACAGAAAACUGUAUCUGUGAAACCUUAUGGACCGCUUUUAAUUUUGUAAUAAAACUAAGUGCUCUGCAU